AUGUCUGCAAUUUCCUGUGUCACAAUUCCCUCCGGCGAAGAUGAUACAGUUCAAGGAAUGGUGGAUCAUGUGGCCCGGCCCGCAAGGAGAUACCAUUCGGGCUACUGGCGAUCUGCAAGUUACAUCAUUGGGGCUGGGUCUUUAGAGAGGUUCGCAUACUUCGGAAUAGGUUCGAAUCUGAUUACUUACCUCACGGGCCCGCUCAGGCAGUCGACUGCAUCGGCUGCCGCCAGCAUAAAUGUAUGGUCCGGCACUGGUUUGUUGCUUCCGCUUUUCGGUGCUCUUGUGAUCGAGUCGUAUUUGGGCCGGUACCGAACCAUAGUGCUUUCAUCCCUGCUCUAUAUCUUGGCACUUGGAUUGUUGACUACAUCUGCUUUCAUCCUCCGACAAGGAGGCGGCUUCGACACAAAUCUGCAGGCCCCACGCCCGCUCGACAUUUUGUUCUUCUAUGUCUCGUUGUACUUGAUGGCGAUCGGGCAAGGGUUGCACAAGCCUUGCAUUAUGGCCUUCGGGGCCGAUCAAUUCGACGACCGAGACCCCGUGGAGUUAAAAAGUCGUGGCUCGUUUUUCAAUUGGUGGUAUUUUGCCUCGUGCGCGGGUCCCCUGGCUGCCCUUUUGGUCUUGAACUACAUUCAAGAUAACGUGAGUUGGGGCAUCGGUUUUGGUAUCCCUUGUGUUGCUAUGGCAAUCGGGCUCGGAAUAUUAAUGCUCGGAGCCAAGUUUUAUCGGUAUCGGGUGAAGACGGACGAGAGUUGUGCGCUUAUGAGAGUUGGGCGAGUCCUUGUUAAAGCGGCUACGAAUUGGAGAAUUCUAUCUUCGACAAGUGCUUGUGACGAAGAAGAGGAGGAUUCGAUGCCUCAUCUUCGUACUCGGCAAUUCAAGUUUCUCAACAAGGCAUUACUAACUCCGAAUGUAUCUACGGACCACGACCCCACCCGAAACACCGAGGAUGCCCGACCACUCUCCAAACUCCUCCCCUUGUGGGCCACGUCCCUCCCGUUCGCCCUCGUCAUGGCCCAACCCUCGACCCUCUACACCAAACAAGCCAUCACCAUGGACCGGGCCCUCGGCCCGAACCUCGACCUACCCGCGGCCUCCCUUCAAUACACCGUCGGCCUCACCAUCAUACUCUCCAUCCCGAUCUACGACCGAGCCCUCGUCCCCCUCGCCCGUCUAAUUACCAAAAUGCCCUCCGGCCUCACGCCCCUCCAAAGAAUCGGCACCGGCAUGUUCCUAUGCACCGUGUCCGCGGCCACGGCCGCCCUCGUCGAGCACAGGCGGCUCGAAAUCGCUUCGCUUCACGGAUUGUCCGAUCUCCCGAGCGCGCGGGUCCCGAUGAGCUUUUGGUGGCUCGUACCUCAAAACGUGGUGUACGGUGUGGCGGACGUGUUUGCGUUGGUCGGGCUUCAAGAGGUGUUUUACGAUGAGGCGCCGUGCGGGUUGAAGGCCGUGGGCUUGUCGGUUUAUUUGAGCAUAAUCGGGAUCGGGAGCUUCUUGAGCAGUUUCUUGAUUUGCGUGAUUCAGAGGGCGACGAGCGAGGGGGGGCGGGUCGGGUGGUUCGCGGAUAAUACGAACCGGGCGCAUUUGGACUAUUUCUAUUGGUUGCUUUGUGGGUUGAAUGCAGUGGGUUUUCUGGGGUUUGUGUGUUGUGCCAAGUCUUUCACUAGCAACGGUCACCGUGUGGUGGGUACUUAG